AUGACAGUGGAGCCUCGCACAGUGAAUGCUGAGCUUACGCACCAAACUCCUACUGACCGAGAGUACUACCUCAUCUCAUCGACACUUGUGCCCGCCGUCCUACAAGCCUGCAGGGAAGCACAGAACCAUGGCCUAUACCAAAAAGCUUUUUCUGAACUAGCUGUGCACGGGCAUGGAGCGCAGUAUGUCUGGGUUGAUUUUGCUACCGACACCAUCGACAUUGGAGAGUCGAUGUUUGACAGUUUCAAGCCGGUCGCCUCCUCCAUUCAACACCUAAGGUUCGCACGCGAGAUGCAGGCAGAAUGGUUUUAUCAUACCGAGGUUGAAGAUGUCAAGUACUUUGUCAACGCAAAGGAAAUUUGGGUCGUGCCCUUGGAUGGUCUCUUCUCAUGUGUUGGAGCCACAGAGGAACAUUACUGGCCAUGUGGGGAUGAAAGCGUAUUCUUCAUUGAUCCUGACAAUCGCGAACGAGUAUUCAGAGGACCCGACGGAGAAGAUGAGAUUGAUACGAUGUAUGGACCGAAGGAAGGGAUGAGCAGAUGA